AUGUCCCCUCCCGUGUCCCCUCCCAGCAUCAACGUCACCUUCUGCCUGAACGCCUCGGGACGGCACCUGCCCGGGCCCAUCGGCCUGGCCGUGGAUCUCACCGUGGACGGGCUGAAGGCGGGGGGGGGGCGGCGCGCGCUCUUCCUGGGGGGGGGAGGGGCCGCCCAGCCCGGCCCCUCCCCCACCCGCAGCCUGACCCUGGUGGUCCCCAACGGGGGGACCCCCCAGUGCCGCACCCUGCCCGUGGUGCUGCGGGCUCACAUCCAGCUGGACUGUGGCGAGGACAACGUUUGUGUCCCCGACCUGCACCUCGAGGCCACCGCGUAA